CCCACCGGCUCCAACGCCAGCUCAUCCCCCCCCCCAAGCGCCGGGGGGGGGGCCCACAGCAGCAGCAGUGGCGGCGGCAGCAGCGCGGACGAAGACGACGACGACGACGACGAAGACGAUGAUGAAGACGACGACGACGACGAUGACGACGAAGACGAAGAGCGCCGCGCCGUCGCCCGCAGCAUCACCCGCAUCUCCCAAACCUUGGCCGGCAUUUACGACGACAACAGCCUCAGCCAAGACCCCCCCGACCCCCCCCCCGGCGCCGCCGACUCCACUCUCCCCGAAGACGAGGAGGAGGACGACGACGACGACGAAGACGACGACGAGGAAGAUGAUGAAGGUGCCCCCGCCCUCCUGGCCCCCCCCGGCCCUCGCCGUCGCGUUUUUAUGGUAGCGUCCGGCCUGCGACCUCAACUCGAGGUCGUGACCCCUGGUAACCCCAAUGCUGACCCCCCGUCCCCGUCUCCAUCACCCCCACCCCCCCCUCCGGGACCC